CAGCAAAUCCAGGCUGAUAUCACCGUCAUGGACAGAUCAAGGAGAACAAGCACAAAACCAAGUUGGAGCGGCCCAUAGCUCUUAUUGAAAGCUAAGAGAAAACCUUCCUGGAGGGAGGAGAUUCCAUGUACUACAGGCAGGGCUCUGCCAAGGAGCAAGCAGUCCAGAUUUGUCCUGUGAGUCCCUGUCGCUUCUGUUAGAACUUGGAGUUUUUUCUACUGCCCAUCACGAGGACCUUCUCUCAGGAGAUAUCAUUUGAUGUAAGAACUGCACAUACAAGGGACUUGCUGAACAUGGACCUCAGUGAAACAUGGCCUUUGGAGGAAGGAACCUGGUUGUCUCAUGCUGGAAUUCAUCAUUUUGCCAACACCAGAGCGGACAGUGAGUUUGUGGAAGCCUCUCCCGCGCCCUACAGCUCGGAGGAGUUAGGUCCCCCUCCUGCUUGUUACAGUCCCAGUAGUCCUGGCCAGAUUCUAGAAGAGCCUAACUUCUUUUUCCCAGAUUUUCCGCUCUAUGCUGGGAGGCAUGAAGCGCCUGCUUUGACGGUGGAGCCAAACGGUGCCAUCAGGGAAAAAGUUGUUGAGGAUCCUCUUUGUAACUUCCACUCCCCGAACUUCCUGAGGAUCUCAGAGGUGGAAAUGAGAGGUUCCGAGGAUGCGGCAGCUGGAACAGUAUUGCAGCGGCUGAUCCAGGAACAACUGCGGUAUGGCACCCCGACCGAGAACAUGAACUUGCUGGCCAUUCAGCACCAGGCCACAGGGAGUGCAGGACCAGUCCACCCUACAAACAACUUUUCUUCCACGGAAAACCUCACUCAAGAAGACCCACAAAUGGUCUACCAGUCGGCACGCCAGGAACCGCAGGGUCAAGAACACCAGGUGGACAAUACGGUGAUGGAGAAACAGGUCCGGUCCACACAGCCUCAGCAGAACAACGAGGAACUGCCCACUUAUGAGGAGGCCAAAGCACAGUCCCAGUUCUUUAGGGGGCAGCAGCAGCAGCAACAGCAGCAGCAGGGGGCUGUAGGUCAUGGUUACUACAUGGCGGGAGGCACCAGCCAGAAGUCCCGGACUGAGGGGAGGCCCACGGUGAACCGUGCCAACAGUGGGCAGGCACACAAGGAUGAGGCACUGAAAGAACUGAAGCAGGGCCAUGUCCGCUCUCUCAGUGAAAGAAUCAUGCAGUUGUCAUUGGAGAGGAAUGGUGCUAAGCAGCACCUCCCUGGCUCUGGGAGUGGCAAGGGCUUCAAGGCAGGAGGGGGACCCUCCCCAGCCCAGCCUGCAGGUAAAGUGCUGGACCCUCGGGGCCCUCCACCUGAGUACCCCUUCAAGACCAAGCAAAUGAUGUCCCCGGUCAGCAAGACCCAGGAGCAUGGACUUUACUACAGCGACCAGCACCCUGGUAUGCUCCACGAGAUGGUCAAGCCGUACCCUGCUCCUCAGCCUGCGAGAACAGAAGUGGCCGUCCUGAGGUACCAGCCACCCCCAGAGUACGGGGUGACGAGCCGCCCAUGCCAACUUCCUUUCCCGUCAACGGUGCAGCAGCACAGCCCGAUGUCCUCCCAGAACUCCUCCGUCAGCGGGCCCCUGCACUCCACUUCCUUGCCACUCCCACUCCCAGUGACCCUGGCAGCGCCCCAGCCCCCGCCUGCUGCCUCCCCCAGCCAGCAGCUUGGUCCAGAUGCGUUUGCGAUUGUGGAACGAGCCCAGCAGAUGGUGGAGAUACUGACAGAGGAGAACCGGGCGCUUCACCAGGAACUUCAGGGUUACUAUGACAAUGCUGACAAGCUCCACAAGUUUGAAAAAGAACUUCAGAGAAUUUCAGAAGCCUAUGAGAGUCUGGUCAAGUCUACCACCAAGCGAGAGUCACUGGACAAGGCAAUGAGAAACAAACUGGAGGGCGAGAUUCGAAGACUUCAUGAUUUCAACAGAGACCUCCGAGAUCGCCUAGAGACUGCCCACAGGCAGCUGUCCAGCAGGGAGUAUGACGAGCACGAGGACAGAGCCGUGGAGGGCCUCUAUGCUUCCCAAAAUAAAGAGUUCUUAAAGGAAAAGGAGAAGUUAGAAAUGGAGUUAGCGGCAGUGAGGACUGCAAGCGAGGACCACCGGAGACACAUUGAAAUCCUGGACCAGGCUCUGAGCAAUGCCCAGGCCCGGGUCAUCAAGCUGGAAGAGGAGUUACGAGAGAAGCAAGCCUAUGUCGAGAAAGUUGAGAAGCUGCAGCAGGCUCUGACCCAACUGCAGUCUGCCUGUGAGAAGCGAGAACAGAUGGAGCGGAGACUUCGGACCUGGCUGGAGAGAGAGCUGGACGCCCUGAGAACCCAGCAGAAACAUGGAAACAGCUCGCCAGCCAGCAUGCUGGAAUACAAUGCCCCAGCCCUUAUGGAACUCGUGAGGGAGAAGGAGGAGCGGAUCCUGGCCCUGGAGGCUGACAUGACCAAGUGGGAGCAGAAGUAUCUGGAGGAGAGCACCAUCCGGCACUUUGCCAUGAACGCCGCAGCCACUGCGGCCGCUGAGAGGGACACCACGAUCAUCAACCACUCGAGGAGCGGCAGCUACGGCGAGGGCUCACUGGAGGCCCACAUCUGGCAGGAGGAGGAGGAGGUGGUGCAGGCCACCAGGAGGUGUCAGGACAUGGAGUACACCAUUAAGAACCUCCACGCCAAAAUCAUAGAGAAGGACGCCAUGAUUAAGGUCCUUCAGCAGCGAUCUCGUAAAGAUGCCGGCAAGACGGACUCCUCGAGCCUGCGGCCGGCCCGCUCCGUCCCUUCCAUUGCUGCAGCCACGGGGACCCACUCCCGCCAGACCUCUCUCACUAGCAGCCAGUUAGCUGAGGAGAAGAAGGAAGAAAGGACCUGGAAGGGAAGCAUAGGGCUGCUGCUGGGGAAGGAGAACCAUGAACACGCUUCCGCCCCUGUACUGCCCGCCCCGCCUGCCUCGGCACUGUCCCCCACAGUGCCCACCACAUCGGCCAGCAGCGCCCAUGCUAAGACGGGCAGCAAAGACAGCAGCACCCAGACGGACAAGAGCACUGAACUCUUCUGGCCCAACAUGGCCUCCUUGCCCAACCGCGGCAGACUGGGCGUGACCCCUUCCAACAGCCCGGUCCUGAAACACCCAGCGGCCAAAGGGACAGCAGAGAAACUGGAGAACUCUCCUGGCCAUGGGAAGUCACCUGACCACAAAGGCCGCGGCAGCAGCCUGCUGCACAAGCCCGAGUUCCCCGACGGGGAGAUGAUGGAAGUCCUCAUCUGAUGCUGGCGUCCCUGUUGAGUUCAGGAACUGACGUUGAGAAGCAAACAAAGAAUGUGGCAAAGAGGGAGCAGAAUGAUCAGGAAGGUUGUUGAUGGACAAUCAGGAAUGAUUGGAACUGAUAAAGAUGUCAGAUUAGUGAGAACACUUUUUAUAAAUGUUAAAAAAUCGGGAGACCUACCUGACUGAAGAUGAAGAGAAUGCUGUGGACUUUUAUUGAGUGUGGUGGAAGAGAGACGGUGCAUGUAGGUUUGGAAACAAGAAAUGGGAAAUAGAAUCUUCAUUGUACAGAAAAUGUAUCUCAUGGGGAGGGUCUGUGUACACCCAUUUUCUGGUUAUAAAUGGAUAAACCUGAACGUGAAUCUUCCUUGGAAUACCCCCAUUCUCCUUGCCUUUUAGCAUCUUUUGGUUUCAGAAGAACCUCCUGGAAACCCCUGGGAGCCCAUCUGGGCAUCAGUGUAAUAUCACCUGUGCCCUCCGCGGGGUGUCCUGGGAAUGUGUGUGUGUGUGUGACACGAGCUGGAGGCCACUGGGCGACAGGGCGUCUGGAACAUGGUCCUCACCGAAUCACCUGCCUGGCUUGGGUUUUGCAGGAGAUUAUGGGUCUGCUUAGCUUUUGUGGACUCGGCCGUGCUUCGUAAACCGAGCAAGAGCAUCAUGGUCUUGGUGCUCAUCCUUCCCAGCUUCCCUGACUUCAUCCCUGUUUUUGCUUCACUUUCUUUCGUUUCACUCUUUCUUCCUUUCACUGUUUUCUAAACUUUAAAAUGAGACAUGGCAGAAGAGGUCCAUAUUUAUCAGAGCGGUGUCUGAUGUGUCUCCGUCCUGCUGUGUUCCGCAGUGACAGGUGGGACAGAGCCGGAGGCUGGCUUCCUGGCUGCUCCCUGGGCCGCGGCUGCUCACGCCGCGCUGACUGCACUGGGGCGGCUGUGGCGAGGCUGUGGUGAGGCAGGAGACCUGUGGCCACUGUGACAUCUUGCAUUAAGGUCAUGGCCCUGGCUUUUUUCUCUCCCACAUGAGCUUUUGCAUGGGGCUGGGUACUUGCACCCCAUCACUCUGUGGGGGUAAGACUUUCAGGACAGCACCCCAGGAAGCAAAUGGUGCUGGACUUGGUGGCGCCCAGAAUCUCACCAGGCACCUGGUAUGCUUUCUAGAGUUGUGGUUCUGGAGCACGUUCCACACUCUCCCCGCCCCUCACACUGCCCUGGUCGCUGUUGACUAACACGCAGACUUUCGUCACCGUCAGCGCAUGUGUGUUCAGUUUUCUCCAUCGUGAACUUGCUUUGGAACCUAACAGGCAGUUAUAUAUGCAGUUUGGUCUGAUUUCUCACGAUUUCAGUUUGGGGCAAGGUUAUCCAAAGUAAGAUGAAAAUAUCAUGUUGAAGAGCCAGGAGUGUGAGUGUGGCGGCGGGCCCCUUGUCCCUGGGCGUGAGGAUUCACAUCUGACUGCUCUGACGAGGGGCCUUCCUUACAAAUCUGGGAGGCGCCCGGUCAGGAAAGAGGUGCAGUGGCCAGGCUGUCAGAAGUUUUUGCAGGGUCCUGCUGUCUCUCGCUCCAGGCCAGCUGGAUGCAUGUUAUCACGGGUCACUUCCUCACCUGCCUUAAGGAAGGAAAGAAAAGCCCUGGCUCCGAAUGAAGCCUCAUCUAAAGGAAGCUUGGGCCUCCACACUGUCCAGGAGGUUUGGCUUAGGGAGCUUAUUUUAGGGUUGGUCUUUAGAGUGUAACCUGGGUGGAGUUAGAGCCUCCCCAAAUUGAGGAGUUUGAAGGAUGACAGAAAGCACUCAAGGGGGAGGGUUAAAACUAGACCUUUGCCCGUGGGGGCCUCAGCUGUGACAAAGUAAGCUGGGACUGACUCUCCUAAGUGGCUCUGUGGUGGGCACUGAGCCUUGUGCUUCACGCUGGUCACCUCUUUUGGUCCCAGGCUAAGUGUUGCUGAGUAUUGUGCAGCCUGGGAAAGCGGAACAGUUCUGCGGCGAGGAGCUCGCUAAAUGCCCGAGGAUGUGGGGAGAGGGCAUAGAGGCCCCACUAGUGAGGAAAAGGUGGCUGUGAUGGGACAGAGGGUCACCAUUCCAAUCUCUGCUUUCAUCACUUCUUAUGGGUGAUGCAGUUCAUUAGGUGGCACCUCCCAUUAAUGUUGGGGUGCACCAGGAAGGAAAGAAAGUAUCUAGAGGUAGGAAGGCAAGUUGCCUCUGCCAGCGCCCCCCCCCCCCCCGCCCAUGUCUGGGCCACCCCAAACUUGGUCUGUCUCCCCUAGAAGUGGGUGAGAGGGAGAUCCGCAGCCCAGCUUCCCCCAGACUUCGCCUCCAUGCUCUAGCUCCCCUCAGUGCCCCCCCACCCCGGCACGGGGCGGCACGUGUGCCUCUGACCCCCUGGGUUGCCAGGCUGUGCUAAUUGUCAGCAAGCACGUACGUCACCAUGUCUCAGUUGUGCUGUGGCCUUUGCCAAUCUCUUUUUUAUUGUAACCUGACAAGACUCUUCCAUAAGAGAGGGGAUCUAUAGCUUUAAAAACUCUGCUUUUAUGGGAGAUUUCCUGCCACGCCAGGGCCCCUGACACUUCACAUUCGUCGCUUUCUUGCUUGCAUGUAGGUAAAAGGGGUUGCCAGUCCUGAGCACCCGCUGUGCAUUCCAGGCAGUUUACAACAGAUGAUCUCAUUUGAUUUUCAGAAGAAAUAAUAGCAGCUCUAGUUUUGAGUGCUGACUGUGUGGUAAGCACCUUUUAAUGAGUCCUCCAGACACCUGGAAGCAGGGGCAAGUUUAUUCUUUAUUCUCCUGUUUCACGGGAGGAAACUGGGGCUCAGGGAGCAAGUCCCUUCCUAGAGUCCCGCACCCAGGAGGAGCCGGGGUCUGAGCCACGGGUUCGGAGGGGAGCUGGGCUGCCUCUGACAGUGCCACGCUCAGCCCGCUCUCUCCCCCAUCUGCGAUGUGCAUGUGCACGCACACAGCUGCCCCACUCUCAGGAGCUAAGAAAUAGGAAUAGGCCCAGAACGCCUCGAAUUGCCCACAAACACCAGGCCUAGGUGGAAUUCUUUGUGUUCCGUUACACACAUGGCCGCAAAACCAUGUACAAAACACUUGUGCAUUGUCCAGAGGCCUGGACUUCUGAAGCUCCUGGUGGCGUCUGACUGGAACUUACAGGUCCUAUCAGUGUGAAGGGCAAAGGCUUUGGCUUUGUGUGGAGACAUGUCAGAGUAAUUCUGCUUCCUUCUUAAAUGUGCUGCCGGGCAGCUUCUGUGUGCUGCCCAGGGACUAGGAGGUGUCUCUGGAUUCCAGCAACUAAUUUCAGUGCCUGUGCAUUUUCUUCUGUUUUUCUUCUGCUUCCCAGAGCUUGGCAGCUAAGGAUGGUGUUGAGUUCAGCCUGUUCUGAGCAGGCAAGCAGGACCGGGCCGCCACACCCCUCCCAGGGCUCUGAUUGGAGGGCAGAGAGUGCUGGGGCCUCCUCUCUUCGGUCCUGCAGGGCUCGCUCUUUGGAGUUCAUGUAUGAACUUUACUGCACGGGGCUUGGAUUGGAUAUGGGAACAGUCGCUCCAAAUGAGUCGUGAACUCAAACAGUUCGGUGGUUGUGUUGCUCCGGGAAGAGGCUGUCAGGACACCCCUGCAGAGAAGCCGGCAGUGCUGUUUGUUCAGCCACCUGUACCCACAGGAGGCAGUGGCUGAUGGGCUGGGGCUUCUCCACGCAGCAGCCCGCGGAGUGCCAGACACUGGCGUGAACACAGGUGUCCGGUGAGGCUGGGCCCCCAGGAGGAGAGAAGACUAGAUUGGGAUUUAGAAAGUUUCCAGGCAGAGAGCUCAUGCACAUCCCGCGGGGAGCUGUGCUGGUCAAAGCGGUGUGCUUCCCAAACCAGAGCCCUGCUCCACAUCUGCACAGGCGCCAGAGGCUCGUGUUCCUGUGCGCUCCCGACGGCCUCACGCUCCUGAGCAAAGGAGCACCGUGGCCACGGUGAGCGGGUGCCCACCAAAGUUGUUAAACGGCAGAGGCUUUAAGUAGCUGGAGAGUAUCCAGCCUGCAGUUGGCUUCUUCACAUCCCUAAACUUGAGGCGGCCUUGGUAUACACUCUAUGAGUGCUGGCCUUCGUGUCUCUUCUCUGCUUAGUUCAUCGGGGUGUCUGAAAUGUCUUCAUUCAGCGUGAGCAGUGUUGAGUGGGUUUGCCUCUCCUGUGUGGCUCCACGGGAGAUGGGCAGAGUAAUUAAGAAGUUACCAGAAGCUGAUCAGCUGGGAGCAUAUUUCUUUUGGAACUAAUUAAUGAGCAAUUUUUUCUCUUCCCUGAAAUAGCAUACCCUUUUCUUGUUUAGUAAUUUAAUGGUAUAUAAAGACGUGUACCUGUAGGCGUACACCUGUGAGGUAGGGCUAUGAGGCUGUGUAUGGGGUUGCUUUUCUGAAGCCCCAGGAGAUCCACGUGUUUCAUCUCACCCCACUCCCUCGAGAGGGGGCCCCGUGGGAGACUCCACACUGAUCCCUGCAGGGCUGCCCGGGUGCAGUGUGCACAAACACCUCUAUUGGCAGGGACUGCGGAGCCUCGCAUGUGCGUUUGAUUAUUCUUAGACAUGAGAAAUCUUUGUCCUUGAAGAGGGACUUAAGUGUGGAAAUAAUCCCAAGUCAUUCUCUCAGUUGGCUAAAUAAAGAUGUGUGAUGAGGUCACCCCAUUUUAGCUUAAGAAAAACCCCCGAAGAUGUUCCUUGGAGUGAGUCUUUGCCCUCCAGGAGCCUCUCGAAGUGACCGCUUCUGAGAGGGACAGUCUUCAUAAGUACGUGUAACUUCUAGGGGAUUCACUUUUAAAAUCUGUUCUCACGCCAUGUCUUGUAUGUGUCAACAUCUCUGCACACACCCGGUGUAAGUGUGUAUGCACUAGUGCACCCCUCCCGCAGGCAGCCUGUAAAGCCGUGCUAUGCUUAGUGCAUGUUAUAGUCGUGUUAUGC